AUGGCCGCCCUGCAGAAAACUGUGAGCUCUUCCUUUAUGGGGCCUCUGGCUGCCAGCUGCUUGCUUCUCAUUGCCCUCUGGGUACAGGGUGGAGCAGCUGUGCCCAUCAGUUCUCACUGUAGUCUUGACAAGUCCAACUUCCAGCAACCUUAUAUCACGAACCGCACCUUCAUGCUGGCUAACGAGGCUAGUUUGGCAGAUAACAACACAGAUGUCCGUCUCAUUGGGGAGAAACUGUUCAGCAGAGUCAAUAUGAGAGAGCGCUGUUAUCUGAUGAAGCAGGUGCUCAACUUUACCCUUGAAGAAGUGCUGCUCCCCCAGUCUGACAGAUUCCAGCCCCUGAUGCAGGAGGUGGUGCCUUUCCUGGCCAGGCUCAGCAACAAGCUCAGGCAUUGUCAUAUUGCCGGUGAUGAUCAGCAUAUAAAGAGAAAUGUGCAAAAGCUGAAGGACACAGUGAAGAAGCUUGGAGAGAGUGGAGAGAUCAAAGCAAUUGGAGAACUGGAUUUGCUCUUUAUGGCCUUGAGAAAUUACUGCAUUUGACCGUGCAAAGCUGGAAAAUGGAUAGCUAAUGCUUCUUGCCUGUUAGAAUUAACAAGAUCCCCAAAGUUUUCUUUUACUGAAAGGAAAAUGAGAAGCCGAAUUCUAAAAUCAUGGGUGUAUUCUUAAAUAAACCCCUGCUUAGCUUAAA